AUGCCAACAAUGCCUUCAGUGUUUGCGUGGCUGUCCUUGACAUCUUUCUGGGCAGGUGCUCCGGCCUGGAAAGUCACUUCAGGGUCCUGUGAUGUCGUAGAUGGUUGCAUCACGACCACCAACGAUUCGUGCGAGCUCCGCCUCGAGUUCGGAAGCAGGCACAUUGAAGCAGUGGCCUCCCAUAGCGAGGGCGGGAAACUCCGCUUACGCGAUGCUCAACACUCUGACCACAUGCGGCCAGAAGGAGAAGUUUUGCAGAAUCCGGAGGCAGGGUGGAAGCUUUGUCUGAGAGAACGGGAAGCUGGGCGAUCGCUGCAGGCUGCAAAGCGAAGACUAUCUGCCAACGAAUGGCGGCCGCUCAGCGGUGGUGGUACUAUUCCUGAGCCUCGCUCAAUCCAACAAUGUGGAUCCGCCGUAUGGAGCACGGCCCAUAACGGGCUGUAUAUGUUUGCCGGCCUCGACGGCAGUGGCCGCUUUAAAGAUCUCCACUUCUAUGAUCCCGAGGCGAAUGCGUGGCAGGAGCUCGCUUCCAUCGGCCUGACUGACGCUGAUGGAUGUCGUGCUACGAGCAAUGAAGCUGAUGAGAUCUACGCAGUUUGUUGGCAUAGCGAUCUACAUGUCUACAGCCGCCAGGCAAACGCUUGGCAAGCGCUGUCGCCUUCUGGUGAUCGUCCCGUGAAGAACUCCAACCAAGGGAUGGCUUGGAGCAAGGCCGACGGGGGCCUCUACAUCAUCUCUGGUACAGCUUGGGGAGUGCUGGAGAAUGUCCACUUCUACAGCCCACAGGCGAACAACUGGCAGCACCUGGCCCCCACCGGCACAGCACCAGAAUGCUGCGGUUUCCAGGGUGGUUGGAGUGAAGCUGCGUAUGGGUUCUACGGCCUCGGGGGCUGGAGACCGGGGGGUCACUUGGGGGACCUCUUCUUCUACAGUCGACAGGCCAAUGAGUGGCAGCUGGUCACUGCAGCUGGUGCUGCACCCAGCGCCCGCGUAGAUCAUGGAGCUGUCUGGGCCGAGACGCCUGACGGGCUGUACGUGUUUGGCGGGGAGAACUAUGCCGGAAAACACAACGACCUUUACCUCUACAGCCGCCAGGUAAACAGGUGGUAUCAGCUGUCGCCUUCUGGCGAAGGUCCUGACCAGGGCAGGUUUCAUGGAGUGGCUUGGGCAGACAGCAUCGAAUCUCUGUACGUCUUCGGUGGAGAAAACCGUUUCAGCAACUGGAUGAAUGACCUCCAUGUCCUGACUCCCAAGGUUUCGUGUGAAGCUGGCCUCUACAUUGCAGACGACGGAUCAUGCGAACCAUGCCCCGUGGGCACCUUCACCAAGAUACCGAACACGUGCUAUGAGUGCAGCUCUGAUUUUCCAGGUUCCACUACACAGGGGGUGGGAUCCACAGAUGCAGGCAUGUGCAUUCGCCCACAGGACGGGCAAGAUCUUCAAUGCACAUCUGGCAUUCCUUGCUCUGUGACAAUCAGCGGGUACAAUCUGCAAGACGGACAUCGUGUGGCACUGACAGAGUCUGACAGUUGUCAGGGCGCCCUCCGGACUGUACCCAACCUUCCCAAUGAGGGAGCUUCAGGAGAUGCCAGCCAGGGUGUGUACACCUGGGGAAGCAGUGGCUCCGAUUUUGCACCGGAGGGCGGCUCCUACCAGGUCUGCUGGUGUGCCAACAUCAACGGAAUUGUUUGUGACAGCUUGCAGCUGUUCCAGAUGGCCGUUGGCCGACUACAGGUCCGUGGGCCUUCGAGUGCGCAUUCCUUUUGGUGUGUGCGCGGCAGAGAUUGCACAGAUCUCCAGCCGCUGGAUGGUGUGGGCUUGUCCUCCAGUGACCAGGUGGUGUUGCGGAGCGCCGGUUGCGGAUCGGUAGCGUUCCAGCAGAUUUCCCCCAGCAAUCUGAAUGGUAUUGCCAGCCUGACUCCUGGCAGUCCCGGCACGUCCAGCCUCGUUUUGUCUUUCGGGGAGUCUAACCUGCAGCAGGGAGUCGAUCUCCGAAUAUCCGCUAAUGCUAACGAAGCUGGACAUGACCUUUGCUGGUGUGGACGCGACAGCUGCAACGCAGAAGACUUUUCAGUUCCUUUCGGCAAGCUGCGUGUACAGGGACCUCUAGCGAACCAAGAGAUCAGCUGCUCUGUUGGGCAGCGCUGCUCUCUUGGCGCUGUUCAGUCUGUUCGCGCAAGCUUGGAGGACAGGAUCAUGAUUUUGGCCGGUUGUGGCACCGGUCAGGCAGUGCCCGGCUUUCCUGGUGGAGGCAUUGCCAAGGCCGUCGAUGAUGGUGGCUUCGAGCUCUUGGGCACCGACGGGGAAGUUCUGCAGCCUCGAGUGGGGAUAUACCGCCUUUGCUUUUGCAGGGAAGGCUCGGAAAUCGGAGCAUGCAGUGAACCUGCAGCCUUUGCCGCGCCUGUAGGCCUUCUGACAGUCAAUGGUCCCUUCUCACAGAUGAACACCUGUGUGCUGGGCAGCACUUGCACACUGCAACUGUCAGGGACCGGCCUGGCUGUCAAUGACAAGCUGGCAUUGACAAAGCAGUCAGGGUGCGACGCAUUGGUGGGUGACUUCGUCAGCUUGCAGGGCUACAGCACUCCCAAAGAGCCCAUCCGGCUGAGACGGGAGGGGGAUGUUUGGCAUGCGGAUGUCGGCAAGAUUCCUUCCCGUGCUGUCCCAGGGACCUAUAAGAUUUGCUGGUGCCCUGCUGAAGCAUCCUGUGAAGCACUGACUUCGUUCAGAGCCGAGGCUGGCACCUUGCAGCUGGAAUGUCCGAGAGGAUUUUUCUUGAUGGCUGGCAGGUGCAUGGCCUGCGGCAGGGGGUUUUAUUGCGGUGGGGGCGAGCUUGCGACGAGAGUGCACUGCCCGGAUCGUCAGACUACGAUCAGUCGGCAUUCUUCCGAACGUUCAGAAUGCGUGUGUUCCCAUGGAUUCUUCGAUUUCUCUGGAAGCUGCACCCCCUGUAGCAAAGGCACCUACAAGUCAGAAGCCGGUAACUUCGAAUGCUCAGCAUGUCCAAGCGGAACGGACACCCAUCUCGAGGGCUCCGUUUCAAACAGCUCCUGCUCUCAAGCCAACGUCAGCUCGGAGCUGCAGUUUGAAAAUCAGUCAGAAAUCCCGACUGUUACCUUUAGUCUCUUGCUCUCUUCGUCAAGCAGCCUGGAUCACCUGACGAUGUCUACACUACGCCGGAGCAUAUCAGAGUCCACAAACAUUGACCCCGACAAUGUGGUGCUGCUUGCACAGCCCCGGGCUCGGCGCCUGUCGACAGAGCGUGUCAGCCAGACCGUUGGCGUCGUUCUGAAGCAUCUUUCUUGGGCACUAGCAACUUUAUCAGCACAAGAGCUGGACCCGGACAUGAUGGACGUGGUCCUUGAUGAUGCCCGUGCUCGGCUAAGCAAUCUUGGUGUAGAUGUCAACUCAACGGAAGCUGGUCCCGAAGUGUCGCCCUUCACUGUAGCUUGCUCGCCGAACGCUGCUGUGCCACCAGGUGUGGUACUGCUGACGGAGAGCGGCUGCGAAUGCAAGCCAGGUUUUCGUUACGAUCCAACUGUGCAAGCGUGCUUUCCUUGCCCGAAGGGAUUCUACAAAUCAGAUCUUGCAAACACAGAGUGCGCACCGUGUGAUGAGGGGAGAUCAACCUCAGCAUCAGGGGCCGUCUCCUCGGAAGAGUGCACGUGCCAGUCCGGGCUUUUCGAGCAAGGUGGCAGCUGCAACCUCUGCCCGAUGGGCUCUUUUUGUGACGGAUCUGGGACGGCAGCUCGCUGCCCAGACCACUCAACAACAGAGUCGAUGGGAUCGCGGACAAAUGCCUCCUGCCUCUGUGAUGCAGGCUACCAGCGUGAAGAAUCGGGUUGCGUGCCUUGUCCACGGUCUUUUUACAAAGAAAGCCAAAGCAACGCUCUUUGCUCUCAGAGAUGCCCCGUGAAUGCUGACAGCUAUGCCGCUUCGACCUCUCAAUCAAGCUGCUUCUGCAAGCCCGGUCACCAUGCGUGGUUGACCGGCGAUCAGACCUUGCAGCAGUGCAUGUCAUGCGCAGCCUACGGCGGGUUGACCUGCCCCGGUGAGUGGGACGAGGAUGGGAAGCAUGCCCAGCCACGAGCCAUCCCAGGAUAUUUCAUGACUGGCCAGACCUCGGCUGUCAGGUGCAUGGUCUUUCUGUCGCAGAAUGAGAGCGUUUGCCGGGGAGGUUCGGACCGGUGCCGGGAGGAGCCAGAGUCUCCGCAAUGUCAGCAUUCCAACGAGUGCGAGGAAGGCUCCACAGGCUGGCUUUGUGGGGAGUGUGCAGAAGGCAAAGCCAGAUGGGCGUACCUCCGGCCCUGCCAAGAUUGCAUGAGUCAGAGCUCGAUGUGGCUCGCACUUGCCAUUGCGGCGGACACGGGCAGGAUUGCUCUUUUGAACUUUGCAAUGGCAGCCUUUUCCGCAAGAUCAGCCGGGAAGGUGAGCUUUAAUCUUCAUUCUCCCAUGAUCCGAAUGCUUCUGCGAUUCAAGGAUGCGUGCUCCGUGCUUACGGACUUUGAUCUCGACCGCCUACACCCCUUCAGCUGGUCGGUGAGAGCGGCGGAUGCAGAUGCAGACCAAGCUUGCUCCGGUGCAUCGUGCCGUCUCCUGAGCUUCCCAUGGCCCACAGAAGCCACUCAAGCUUUGGAGACGCUCCUCUCCCUGAUCUCCAUCAUGCCCAAGGUGAACGUGGAGUUCGCCGCCGCAUGUGAAGCGCAGUCAUGGUACAAAGGCAACAAGGGAAUGCAGAGGCUGGUGCCGAGCUUAUACUACCUCUUUUUGCCGAUUCUGACCUUGGUGGGCACACUUUUGGUGUGCGCUGUUGCUGUUUACGUCGUCGUGCCAGUUGGCAACAGACUCGGGGUUGAAUUCAAUGAUUGCGCUCGGGAGCGAGCGAAGCGGAAGAACUUGGCUCAAUGUGCCGUGUCGAACGUGGAGGAAGCUAAUGCAGAUCCCGGCUCGGAUUUGUCAAGCUGCGUUUCGGAGAUAUCUAGCGGAUUCAUUGUUCAGGCGGACUGGGAGGCUCCAUGGGAGGUGCUGACGGAGGGCAUCGCGCUGCCCACGUUGAAAAAUGCCGCAGAUGGCGAGGUGGCCUUACCUGCUCUUCGGCGUAUGGUCCUUGGUGCCGCUGCCUGGAAAUUGCGAGGCCAAUUCAAGGCAUUCGUCGACCGUGAAAGCAUGCCACUGGAAGAGAUGGCAACCGCCGUGGCUCUGAAAGCAGCAGACUGCAUGCAGCUUAAGGGCAUGCUCGAGAAAGGUGGAGGCAUCUGCGACGAUUUCUUACAUCAAGCAUGCGAGCAGUUGAGACGGAAGGCUGCUUCUGAUGCAUCGAAGUUGAACUUUGGUCUUUUCAGUCCCUAUGCUUCCUUAAAGCAGCUCCUGAAACAGAGUGCGCCCGCAAUCUGGCUGACCCAGCUUUCGCUUUGGCCGGAGCUCUUGUCCAAGUUCCUACAAAUGAUCCGUUGCUCACCCAUGCAGGAGGAGAGAGAUGGGCAGCAGGACUACGUGGCGCGCCUGCUUCCAUUUCCUGAUGUGGAAUGCUGGUCUCCGGAUCACACCCCCUUCAUUGCAGUUGCUGCUAUGGGGCUGCUCCUUUGGUGUUUGGGGCUUCCUCUGCUCCUGUUCCUCAGGAUAUGGAUGCUCCCGGACAGGCAUGACCCGGCAAAUUACAGACUCUAUGGAUUCUUCAUUCAGGGAUUGUCUCCGCGGUAUUGGUACUGGGAUCUAAUUGUCAAGCGGGCUGAUAUCGGCUUGAUGGUUUUGACUGCUUACACUUCGUUUGCCGAUGACGACAACGCGAAACUGCUCUUGUUUCCUGUGCUUUCUGGCAUGCAGCUUGGUUUGUCCACUUGGGUCCGACCUUAUGCAAACAGCCAGUCUCAGAGCCUGGAUGUUCUUGAAUCCGUCCUGUUAGCAAGUCGCUUCAUUCUAUUCAGUGCAAUCGCGGUGCUUCUCAUCUUUUUCCCAGCAGCAGAGCUGGUAUGGAUUUGGGCAGUCCUUCUGCUGACAAUGAUCUUCUUCACCAUUGCCUACUCUUCGAUGCAUAUCCUUGCACAAUUCCUGCGGGGCGCGGCUUCUGAAAUGGAGGUUGCAGCAGCGGGUAGCAGGGACAAGGAUGCUAUCAGAGUGAACGUCUCUGAGACGAGCCACGAGCGCAUGGAGUCGGUUGGUUUCCUUCGAAAGCUGAAGCAAAAGGUCGUUGAGCUGUUGAUUCCGGUUUUUCAGCCGGCCAAGCGGCUGGUAUACUCAUGGUCCGUGCGCUGGGAAUGCCCCAAAGAGCACACCAGGUCAAGUGAGUUGGUACAUCGCAGUUGGACAUUGAUGCAGAUGAGCAGAGUGUCAGGCAAAAUUCUCCGCUUCGACGUCUCGAUCCAGCGCCAGGAUAUUAACAAUGCAUACCGAGAGUUCUUGACCUUCUGGUGGGGGCACUGUCACGGGAAGACAAUCCCCAACUUUAUUGUCUUCUCCGCACUGGCCGCCACGUACCGUGCGCUACCCCUUGGAGUGACCAAUUCUAUGCUUCAAGCCCUUUGGAUAUCAGAACUAGGGGUAUUGUCAGCAAAGACAGAACAGGUUUGGCGAUUAUACGCGGAUGAUUUCACCAACGCCUUGACGCUGUUUGGUGCGCUAUCGAAACAAGCAGCGAUUGAGUUGGUAAAUUCCGCAUCCAGCAUAUUUCGACAAAGCGUAGGUGGCCUGAGCAGUCGGACAGAGCAAGAUCAUGCGGAAGCAUCGUUCCGGGUCUCGGCAAGCCUGGAUGACGCCGGCAACGAGAACCCCGAGCUGCCACUCUUAGGUCAAGCGUCCACGGAGGCCAAUCCCGAGGAGACUCAUAUUGAUCUGCGAGAUGUUUCUGUUCUGGUUUCGCGGACCCCAUCUUCGCCAGGUGUUGAACAUGCUUCAGAUUCCCACAGAGACGGAGACCAGGCCGCUCCACCUGACUCCAAGAGCCCUCUACCUGCACCAGGACCCUCGGGUGCCGCUGCCCCAAGCCAGGUGCCAGAGGUGCAAGCCUUGCCGCAAAUCCAGGUGAAGCCAGCAAAAUCCAGACGUUUCAAUUUCAAGACAAAGACCACCGAUACCGAAUGA